CCGCUACCCAGCAACGAAACUGAAGUACAGACGGACUGAAGCUGAAGCUCUCUGCCGAACGAGCCAAAACGAGACUGGAACAGACAGCGGUGGGAGAGUGUCUCUAGAACGGGAGGCAAGAAGAUAACACUGUUUCCCGCAGUUUCAGCAUCUUUUCGCGAUGUUGUGAGUGAGAUCUUCAGAGUCCCCCCUUCCGGAUGCAGUUUUAGAAGUGAUUUCUUUAUUUCUUUAAUCUGUCUGUUGUAUGACUGGGUUAUGAAGUGAUUUGACUACCACGGUAUAUUGGUCAUUGGAGUGCCACCAAUAGGGUGGAUCGAGCUGUUAAGGACCGGAGCAUUUUCAGUAAGCUGGCAAGUGUAGCGCGGUAGGGGGCAGUAGAGAGCAUGGCUGAGCCCAGCCAGCCCCAGGAGGGCAGCAGUCUGCAGAGGAAGAAACCUCCAUGGCUCAGAGUGGACAUCCCCCCACAGCUGUCCCUGGAUGAGCCCUUAACAUUAAUACAGCCGGUGAAGAGGCAGGGCUUCCUGCAGAGUGUGAGCAUGCCCUGUGAGAUCACACAAUCAGGCAUCGCAACCUUUGACCCCAGCAAUUAUCUCCGACCCCCUCUGCAGCGCCAGCCCUCCAUCACAGAGACCAUCAAGAGUGGGAAGAGGGUGCAUUUCAGGCGGGUCAACACGGUCCCUCAUAAGGGCCAGAAGGGCCCCCGACUGGUGUCUGUACUCCGCAGGAGCUCCUGUGUCCCCAAACUGGUCACCCGGCGCCGCUCGUCCAUCCCCAAACAAAUCAUCAAGGGUACGGCAGCCUGGUUCGGGGUCAGUAAGGAAAACGACAGCACCCAGCGAUGGCGGAGGAAGAGCCUGCAGCACUGCAACCUGCGCUACGGCCGUCUCAAGGCCCAGGUGAUGAGGGAGAUGGAGCUGUCCAGCCAGGACAACCUGUCUCUGACCAGCACUGAGACCCCACCACCCCUCUACCUCCCCCCACACCACCACCCCUAUGGCAUGCAGAGGAUUGUGGACCCCCUGGCGCGUGGCCGUGCAUUUCGCCUGGUGGAGGAGGUAGAUGGUUACAGCGUACCACAGACUCCCUUCACCCCUGGUGCCACCUCUCUCUGCUCCUUCUCCAGCUCGCGCUCCGCACUCAACAGGUUACCACGAAGACGCAAACGAGAGUCUGUCGCUGUCAUGAGCUUCAAGGCCACCGCCGCGCUGGUCAAGGGCCGUACGGUUUGGGAGAGGGACCAGCGCUGUCGCAGGCGGAGCUUCAUGCCAGUGAGUUUCCUGGAGGACGACACAGUGGACUUCCCUGAUGAGCUGGACACCUCCUUCUUUGCUUGGGAUGGUUUGAGGAGAGGAGAUGAGGAGCUGUCUACCUAUGCAGACGAUGUGUUUGACUCUCCGUCUGAGGCCGCCAUUAAAGAGGAGGAGUCUAACACAGCUGCAGGUGAGAGUGACCUCACAGGUGGCGCCCUGGACAAGAACGAACUGGAGAGGAGUCACCUAAUGAUACCCCUAGAAAGAGGCUGGCGUAAGGGUAAAGAACCUGGGCCGUCUCUGGUCCAUCCCAAGGUGCGUCUGCAGCAGGAGGUGGUGAGUGUGAGUGGGCAGCGACGGGGCCAGCGGAUCACAGUGCCUGUCAAGAAGCUCUUCGCCAGGGAGAAGAGGCCCUACGGCCUAGGCAUGGUGGGACGGCUCACCAACAGAACCUACCGCAAACGCAUCGACAGCUUCGUCCAGCAGCAGAUAGAGGACAUGGACGACCACAGGCCUUUCUUCACCUACUGGAUCAUGUUUGUCCACCUGUUGAUCACCAUGUUGACUGUGUGUCUGUACGGCAUUGCCCCUGUUGGCUUCUCCCAGCACGAGACUGUCGACUCGGUAUUGAGAAAUAAAGGUGUUCAUGAAAAUGUCAAGUUUGUGCAACAAGAAAACUUUUGGGUGGGACCAAAUUCGGAGGCGCUGAUCCACCUGGGGGCUAAAUUCUCCCCCUGCAUGCGUCAGGACCAGCAGGUCCAUGACCUGAUCCAGGAGAAGAGAGGAAGAGAGAGGGACUCUGCCUGCUGUGUGAGGAACGACCGCUCCGGCUGUCUCCAGACUUCACAGCAGGAGUGCUCUUCUACUCUAGCAGUGUGGGUGAAGUGGCCUCAUCACCCCAGUGCUCCUCUCCUGAAGGGGAAGGUCCGUCAGCACGGCUCAGUCUGCCACCAGGACCCCAGGAUCUGCCUGGAGCCAGCCUCUGUAUCGCCUCACGAGUGGCCUGAUGACAUCACCAAGUGGCCAGUGUGUACCAGGUACAACCCAGGCAACCACACUAACCUCCCCCACGUAGACUGUGCCAUCGCAGGACGGCCCUGCUGCAUCGGGACCAAAGGAAGGUGUGAGAUCACGUCCAGAGAGUACUGUGACUUUAUGAAGGGCUACUUCCACGAGGAGGCUACUCUCUGCUCCCAGGUGGCCUGUCUGGAUGAUGUGUGUGGAUUACUGCCUUUCCUCAACCCUGAGAUCCCAGACCAGUUCUACAGACUCUGGCUCUCUCUAUUCCUCCAUGCUGGGAUCCUGCACUGCCUGGUGUCGGUGCUGUUCCAGAUGACCAUCCUGAGGGACUUAGAGAAGCUGGCUGGCUGGCUGAGGAUCUCUAUCAUCUACAUUGUCUCUGGAAUCACUGGAAACCUGGCCAGCGCCAUCUUCCUCCCCUACAGAGCUGAGGUGGGUCCAGCAGGCUCUCAGUUUGGUAUUCUGGCCUGUCUGUUUGUUGAGCUGUUCCAGAGCUGGCAGAUCCUGGAGUGUCCUUGGAGGGCUUUCACCAAGCUGCUGUGUGUCGUCCUCUUCCUGUUCUCCUUUGGCCUGCUGCCCUGGAUAGACAACUUCGCCCACAUCUCCGGAUUCAUCUCUGGACUCUUCCUCUCCUUCGCCUUCCUGCCAUACAUCAGUUUUGGCCGUUCGGACAUGUACCGUAAGCGUGUCCAGAUCUGUGUGUUCCUGUUGGUGUUCCUGGGUCUCUUCUCAGGGCUGGCUGUCCUGUUCUACGUCCACCAGGUCAAGUGUGAGUGGUGUGAGUACCUCACCUGUAUUCCCCUCACUGACAAGUUCUGUGACAAGUACGACCUCAACGCCCACCUCCACUGACCAGGCCUUUGACCGUGCAACUAUAAUGACUAGAUUGGACAUUCUCAAAGAAGUAUAGCCUCAUGCACCAGGAUAGCAAGACACAAGUCUGGUGAACAAGACUUAAAGCAACGUCACGGCAUGGACCGGACCGGCGGAAAUAUUUGGUGUAGCAUUCAGGACAUUGGACGUGAAGAUUGCCAAUCUUGGAAAAAUGAACUGAUAACGGUUGAUCUUAAUAACUGUUGAACUGUUGAUCUGUCUCCAUUCGGUUUUGUUUAUAUGGACAUUGCUAGCGAGUGACCGGUCACUUUCAAAGCAUAAAGACAGAGGGAGGUGGAAGGGGGUAAUAUGUGACUGUUUUGCCUUGACACUGAUCUCACUCCCCUCUCUUCUUAUUAAAACUGUGUCAACACCACCACCUUGUGGCCAUCAGACCACACAACAGCCACUGACUCCACACACAGUUGUGGAUGGAUUUUGUUUUGUUUUGUUUUCUACACAAGUCAUAAAGCCAACUAAGAGUUUUAUUGGAUGACCUCAGACAGGGAGCUAUCUCCCAAGAAAUAAAAUAUAUGUUUAGUACUGUAGGAUGACUGCCUCUGGUGCCUUGGUUAUUAAUGUCAAGUCUAGGUCUAAAUCUAGGUCCAAGUCUAGGUCCAAGUCUCAAAUGGCACACUAUUCCCUAUACAGUCAACUUAUUAGUGUACUAUAUUGGGUCUAUUCUCUUUAUAGUGCACUACGAUUUGAAAAAGUAGUGAACUACAUAGGGGAUAGGGAAUAUUGUGCCAUUUGAGAUGUGCUCUAUGUUAGACUAGACAAACCACUUGUAGUUUAACAUGUACUGUAUACUGCUGUCUAAGAGUGGUGAGUGUUUGGAGGGUAGCGUUUUAGCUACCUGCUUAGCUGACAAUAUAGCAACACAAACUGAA